GCUUCCAGAUAAACAGACGUGCAACAUGCAGACAGGGGACGAGUCUGUGAGUGCAGGCCAACACUUUGUAAUGCUGACAUUUGUUUAAAGCAGAGGCUGUUUUGGCUGCUGUAUUUUGUGCCUGAGAAGUUCAAAGUUCAGACUAACAUUAUUACAAUGGUGUCGUAUAAGAGGCUCAAUCCAGAAAACGUUCAGUUUUCUGGUGCACUUUUAUCAGAAGAGCAUCAUCGUCCAGCUCAAGAAGAUGUGGCCGUGCCGCAGCCAGACAGCACCUCUCUGCUCCCCAGAAGGCUGUCAUGCUCAAUCACCAAAGUUAUGCUGAUUCUCGGCAGCCUGCUGCUGGUCCUGUUCGGGGGCUGGCUGCUGCACACCAUAUACUGGCUGCGCACCACGUCCGUCCAGGCGCACAGGCUGCCGCCGCCAGCGCCAGGGCAGGCUCUAGGCCCCGUGUUACAAGCGGACAUAAAUGACACGGUGACCGCUGCACGUUCCAAAGCUUGCAGUGCUAUCCCAGAGUCGUGGAGGUUCGAUUGCUACCCCGAGAAAGCGGUGGUUGUGACCCAGGAGCUGUGUGAGGCCAGGAGUUGCUGCUUCAUUCCUGCUUCUGGUUCAACUAGAGGCAGAUCUAGGAAAAACGGUAUCCCGUGGUGUUUCUAUCCUCCUGACUUCCCCUCAUACUCCUUGGUGUCAUCGAAAGACACGUCGAUGGGACUCAAAGGUACCCUGGUAAAAGAUGUGAAGACUUACUACCCUGGAGACAUCCUCACUCUAGAGAUGGAGAUCAGACACGAAACGGACACACGCCUGCGUGUCAGGAUAACAGACCCCUCCAGCUCACGCUUUGAGGUCCCACUCUCUGUCCCCACUGCCACCAAGAAAGCAGAAAACCCCGAGUACGUUGUAGAGCUUUCAAAGCAGCCUUUUGGCCUCGCGGUGAAGAGGAAGUCUACAGGAACUGUUCUCCUGAACACCACAGUGGCGCCGCUCUUCUACGCUGAUCAGUUCCUCCAGUUCUCCACCGCCCUGCCCAGUCGGUUCAUCUAUGGCCUGGGUGAACACCGCUCCACCUUUCUGCACGACGUCCAGUGGAACACACUCACCAUGUGGGCCAGAGAUGUUCCUCCCACGGAACAGACGAACCUCUACGGGGUUCAUCCAUUUUAUCUGGCGAUGGAGGACGGUGGGGAUGCACACGGCUUCUUCCUCCUGAACAGCAACGCCAUGGAUGUGGCCCUCCAGCCGGGCCCCGCCCUGACCUGGCGUACCAUCGGAGGAAUCCUGGACUUCUAUGUGUUCCUCGGUCCAGAUCCUGGUUCAGUCGUUCAGCAGUACGUGGAGGUCAUAGGACAGCCAGCCAUGCCAAUCUACUGGGCCUUAGGGUACCACCUCUGUCGGUGGGGCUACAAGACCAGCAAUGCCACCUGGGAAGUUGUCAAGAGAAUGAGGAAUUAUGGGAUACCGCAGGAUGUCCAGUGGAAUGACAUCGACUACAUGGACCAAGCCAAAGACUUCACCUUUGACCCGAUGAACUUCAACACGCUUCCGGACUUGGUGCGGGACCUCCACGCUCACAACCAGACCUACGUCAUGAUGAUGGACCCAGGAAUCAGCAGCACACAGCCGGAGGGCUCCUACUGGCCCUUCGACGAGGGACUGAAGAGAGGAGUCUUUAUCAAGGACGCUGAAGGGAAGACUCUAAUCGGGAAGGUGUGGCCUGGUCUGACAGCAUUUCCGGACUUCUCCGAUGAGGCGACACAUGAAUGGUGGUAUGAAAACCUGCAGAGGUUUCAUGAGAAGGUCCCAUUUGAUGGAUUGUGGAUUGACAUGAACGAGCCAUCAAACUUCCUGGAUGGAUCUACUGUUGGCUGUCCGUCAAACAGUCUGGAAAAUCCUCCGUACACGCCGGGUGUGCUGGGAGGUUUGCUCAGAUCUAAAACUGUAUGCGCCUCUGCACAGCAGAAACUGUCAACACAUUAUAACCUGCACAGUCUGUAUGGACUCAUGGAAGCUAAAGCCACUGCAAGUGCUCUGAAGAGGAUUUUGGCGAAGAGACCGUUUGUGAUCUCUCGCUCCACGUUCCCCAGUCAUGGCUCAUAUUCAGGUCACUGGCUGGGAGACAACAGGAGCCAUUGGAAGGACCUUUACACCUCCAUCGCAGGUAUGUUGACCUUUAACCUUCUGGGCAUCCCGUUGGUGGGAGCAGACAUCUGCGGCUUCAGCGAGGAGCCGCAGGAGGAGCUGUGUGUCCGCUGGACUCAGCUGGGAGCUUUUUAUCCCUUCGCUCGAAACCACAACUCCCUUGACAUGAAUCCUCAGGAUCCGACCGCUUUCAGCCCGUCGGCCCGUACGGCCAUGAAACAGGCUCUGCUGCUGCGUUACUCCUUCUUCCCGUUCCUCUACACCCUCUUUCAUCACGCUCACAUUAAAGGGCACACUGUAGCUCGGCCGCUCAUGUUUGAGUUUCCCAAAGACGUAAAAACUUACGGCAUCGACAGUCAGUUUCUCUGGGGGAGGAGCUUGUUGGUGACUCCAGUGCUGGAGCCUGGAGUGGACUAUGUGGAUGGGUACUUCCCAGAAGGCCUGUGGUAUGACUUCUACACUGGCGACUCUGUGAGCAGCAAAGGGGAAGAACUUCGCCUGAGUGCACCAAUGGAUAAAAUCAACCUGCAUCUGCGUCAGGGCUCCAUUAUUCCAACACAGGAGCCCAACGUGACGCUGUGGAUCAGUAGCGGUCAGCCGCUGCACCUGGUCUCUGCUCUGUCUGACGACGGUUCGGCCAGCGGCGAUCUGUUCUGGGACGACGGCGAAACCAUCGACACCUAUGAGACGCAGCGGUACACAUACGUAGCAUUCAACGUCUCCCAGAACACGAUGACGUCCAGCGUGCUGCACAGCGACCAGGAAGGCUCGUUCCUCAGCAUCGACUCGGCCUCGUUCUACGGGGUGAAGCAGAAGCCGAGCGCGGUGCUGGUGAAUUCCCAGAAGUUUCCAUUCAUCUACAGAGACAACCAGGUCUUAUCGGUAGCGAGCCUGGGUCUCAGACUCACCCAGAACUUCACCAUCAGCUGGAUGUAACAAUCAGAUCCAGGAUUUUAUUUCACACAGUACUGCGUUUCAUCCAUUUAAAUCCAAGACACUGGAGAUGUAUAAAAAAACCUAAACAUGUCUGUAACUGUGACACUUUAUUGCAUGGGGUUUGAUUUUUGCUCAAUGCUUGUAAACUACUCACCCAGCUCUGAGGGUCAGCCACUGGAGGGCAGUCUUUUCAAACAUAACAAGCCCGUUUUUUGUAUGUGGUCCCAAAAGUUCAGGUCAGACCCCAACUUUGGGUUAUAAAACAGAAUAUAGGGAUCCUAGAAAAGAUUGCAUGUGUCAUAAUUUAUUGACAUUCUGAAUACAUUUAAAAACUUGUCAUGAAUAUAUAUAUGUAAAAAAGAAGCAACAUUAAAUCAGGCUGUUGCUGUAUUUAUGCUUUUCACAGAAUUGUAUGAGGUCAGAAACCAAAAGUUUGGCAUUCGCAGAUGCAAAAAUAAAAUGUUUUUUUU